CUUUCUUCCUUUUUUCUUUUAUAUAAAUAUUUUUUUUUCUUCUUCAUUAACAAAAUGUACAAUAACAAUCAUGACUGGACAUUUCAUCAAACAAACAAUACCGAUACCAAUGACUUUAUGGAACCUUUACAAGAACCAGUGGCAUUCGAAGACUUCCAAUUUAGCCUAGGACUUGAUCCUGGAUUUGCUAUGCCUAUUCAACUUGAUAUACCACCAACAUCUAUGGACAAUUUUCAAUAUAUACCACCACCUCCAGCCCCAUAUCCACCACAAAAUAUGUCAACUAAUACAUCUGUAUUAAACGAGCAAGACCAAAAGGUCUUUAGUCAAUUCUUGGACCAAUUUUAUGUUGACCCAAACAUGCAAAUCGAUCCUCAACCCUUCUCUUUAUAUACUAAUAGCCAUACCUUUGAUGAAGAGCAACUGCGUCAGUCUAGCAUACUUCAUUCACUUGACGAACAAAAGAAAGCAUACAAAGAUAACCAUAUCCAUCUCAUCAAUAGUAAUCAUAACAGUAAUAACAUUAGUCAUAUUGGUACUACUACUACUACUGCCAUGUCUACUACUAGUAGUACCGGUACUAAUAAUGCUAUCAGCAAUAAUAAUAAUAAUAAUAA